AUGGCUCAGAAGACACAGCACUACACAGACAUCUGCUUCUCCAUGCUCAAGCUGACCACGCCCACCAAGGGAGAGCCCAACCACCUGGUGUCUGGCACCAUGAGCAGUAUCACAUCACUCUGUUUCCCUGGCCAGCUCAACAUCAACCUGGUGAAAGCUGACUGUGAACAUGGUGCCUUUCCCAUGCGAUAUUCCUUCAUACCCUGCUUUGCCCCCACCUCACAGCCCUGGGAAGUCAACAGUACAGUGCUCCUAACAGUGCCCAAGCUCACACAGCAUAUAUUCAAUGCUAAGAACAUGACCACCUGUGAACCACACCAUGGCCGCUACCUGAUCAUGGUCAUUGUCUUUCGGGACCCAAUGUCCACGAAGGAGGUGGACAAGUAGAUGCUUUCCAUCCAAAACAAGAACAGUAGUUACUGUGUAGAGUGGAUCCCCAACAACAUCAAGGUGACCAUGUGUGACAGCCUACCCUGGGGCCUGAAGAUGGCCUCCACCUUCAUUGGCAACAACACUGUGCAUCCAGAUGUGCUAUUCAAGAGCAUCUCAGAGCAGUUCUUAGCCAUGUUCCACCACAAGGCCUUCAUGCACUGGUUCUCAGGUGAAGGAAUGGGUGAGCUGAAGUUCACCACAGCUGAGAGUAACAUAAAUGACCUGGAGUUCAAGCAUCAGGAAUACCAGCAUGCCGCGGUCAAAGACAGGGAAGAGGCUUUUGAAAAUGAUGAAGAAAAGAUCAAUGGGGGUCUUAGGAUGCUGUGGUACACACCUGCUCUAUACUCAGCCCUGGUAUGGGAAUGGUGCCCUACCUAA